AUGCCUUUUAAGAUGAACGCAUUUCAUUUCGCCCUCAUCACCAUUUUACAUACCGUCAACAUAAAAGCAUGCAGAAAUCUUUACCAACGAAACGAAACUUUGGCUGGAAUUUUGUUUUCACAAAACAUUAUCCAAGAGUACAACAGUGUAACUAGACUCCAGGUCUGUGCGGAAUACUGUAAAAUACAGCAUUGUCUGUCUUUCACUGUCCAUACGCACAGUGGUCUAUGCAGGUUGUAUUCUACAAUUUUUGACUGUGCGUCUGACGGUGUCUCAUAUGAAGGGGCAAUUUACUAUCACCAAUGGUCCGAUAGCUGCUUGGGUUGGAAAAAGAUGUGCAGUCCGCAUUCCACCGGCGUAUUUGAUCUGAUACAGCCAAGGUACCAUCACAAAAUAACAGUCCUUUGUGAUAUGGACACCCACGGAGGUGGAUGGACGGUUUUCCAAAACCGCUUUGAUGGGUCUUUAUCUUUUAAUAGAACAUUUGGUCAGUAUAAAGAAACCUUCAGAAAUUUCAGUGGAGAAUUUUGGCUUGGGUUAGAGGUGAGCAAGUAUCUGUGCAAUUAUCGCCCCUGCGAAGUCCGGAUUGAGUUAGAAGAUUGGGAAGGAGUCGGUAAAUUUGCUUUGUAUAGCAAUUUCAAAAUUGGCUGGCAGGCUUUACAGUAUACUCUCACAAUUGAUGGCUAUUCUGGGACGGCGGGCGAUGCGAUGGGGAACCUGAAUGGAUUAAAAUUCAGCACAUUUGAUAGAGAGGAAGAAAUGAACAACACUAUAAACUGUCCAGAAUUGAGACCUGCGGGCUGGUGGUACAACGACUGCGGUCAGUCUAACCUGAAUGGAAAAUAUUCCAUCGACAAUGGUGUAGAAGACUGCAAUGCAAUGACAUGGCAUACUUUCCAUGGGAGUUACCGCCCCCUGAAAAAGUCAAGAAUGAUGCUGCGGGAAUUAGGCUAA